GCUUGAAUCGAUCAAUCAAAUAACAGAAGAGAGUUCCCCCAUCAAUCGUCUCAACUUCAACAGCGUCGCUGGAGAUCUGCGAAACCUAACUCGCACAGAUCAGGAGGAAAGAAGUUCAGAUUAUCACGGCCAUGGAUCAUGCUGCGCGUAGGAGUGGAGGAGGCCUCCUUGAAGGGCUUUACAGAGUAAUUAUGCGCCGGAAUUCCGUUUAUGUCACCUUCAUUAUCGCCGGCGCUUUCGCUGGAGAGCGGGCUGUGGAUUAUGGAGUUCACAAGCUCUGGGAAUACAACAAUGUUGGGAAACGGUACGACGACAUUUCGGUUUUGGGGCAAAGACAAUCAGAAGAAUGAUAGUUGCCUCGAUGAUUCGGUUCUCACCAUUUCUUUGUUUAUAACAAUAGCCAUCUGAUUAAUUUUUUUGAAAUAAGUUUUAGAUGUCGGAUUGUGGACACCUUAUAUAUUGACUCUUGAGCUUGGUGGUCUCUUUCGAUGUCGUUUCUCAUUAUUCAUGUUCAUCUAUGAAAUUACUAAUGAAAUGUUCUUCUUUUAUCCGGCUA